AUGUUCACGAAGCUGCCCCAAAAGAUACCCGACCCGUUCAAUCUCUUGGGCGACCAGCCCAAGCUGGCCUUCCGCAGCCAGCCCGGCGGGAUAGCGAAGCUUGCCACCACGCGCAACAUCUCCGAGAAGGACUCAUACUGGGAGCAGUAUGUCGUGCUAUUCGACUCCGCAUCGGACGUCUUCACGCUCAUUACCCACAAUGAUGUCCGCCGCGCCCUCUACGAAGCCCCGGAGAACGUCGCGACGCUCGUGCGCGUCAUCACCGCGCGGCUCUUCAACCUCGUCUCGGACCACACCUUCCCCGCGUCGCCCGCGUCCGUCUCCUCCUUCGCGUCCUCGCUCAUGCGCUCCGGCACCGGCGCCGCGCAGGAGCGCAACACGACGAAGGAGGUGCUCAACUGCAUCCGCAUCCUCCAGCGCGUGCUCCCCGCGGUGUUCGAGAUCGAGAGCGAGCCGAGCCGCUUCGAGCUCGAGGUGCUGUGGAAGCGCCUGCCCGUGCGCGAGGACGCGAGCGGGGUGGGGCCAGAGGGUGGGGCGGCGGUGGACGAGGCGAGUGCGCAGGCGCAGUUUGUGAUCGAGGAUGAGGACGAGAGCGAUGAGGAGGGAGAGGGAGGCGCGCCGAAGAGCGCGCCGAGGCAGCAGGUGCAGAAGAGUGCGGAGCCGGCCAAGGCGAAGGAGACGAUGCCGUCUAUUGCGGAACGGUUGUUUAGCUGUCUGAUCGACCUCAUGUUCUGCUGUGGGUUCACGCUGCCGACUAAGAUACAGGUGGACCACUACAAGAUCAACUAUGUCAUCUGGUACAAGGGAGUAGGGUCUACCACGGACCCGGGUCCAAGCCAACAGUACGAGACGAACAAAACGGAAGUGCUUCGGCUUCUGCUCGUCCUGCUCUCGCGCCAGAUCUACAUCCCGCCCUCCGCGCUCUUCACCUCGCCGUCCUCGUACACGCUGCACUUCGUGCAGAACCUGCCGCGGCGCGACGUGCUCACCGUGCUGUGCUCGCUCAUGAACACCGCGAUGAACGGCACGCACCCCGCGAGCGCGAACAUGAUGGGCACCGUCGCCGGCCGGCUGCCGUACAACCACCUGCUCAUGAAGGGCGAGGACCCGCGCACGGCGCUCGUCGCGAUCUCGUUCCAGGUGCUCUGCGUGCUGCUCGACUUCCAGAGCGGGGGCGCGCGGGACGCUGGCGUGGAGGGCCAGACGCAGACGUCCGGGCCGACGGCGAAGACGAAUGCGUUCCGGUAUUUCAUCGCGAAGCUGCAUCGGACGUCGGACUUCGCGUUCAUUCUGAACGGCGUGGUCAGCAUAUUCGAGACCGAAAUGUCCACCCUGCACGGCCUCCUGCCUGGGUCUAAGAAGUCUGUGCCGUACAUGGUCGAAGCUGUUGUCUUCUUGUGGAAGAUGCUUGAGCUGAACAAAAAAUUCCGUGCAUAUCUGCUCGACUCCGACAAAGGCAUGGACAUCAUGGCAUACCUCCUGUGCUAUGGACUUGAGAUCAAGGACAAGCCAGAGCAACAUGGCAUGUGUCGUGUACUAUCGUACAUGGUCCAGAGUUUGUCCGCCGAACGUGCGUUCGGAGUCAAGCUUGGCUCCCCUCUAAGGGCCCAAAUCCCCCAGAAGUGGGCCACUGCAGGCACUGCAGGAGACUUCAUAGUCCACGCCAUAUACUCAAUGGUCGCCACCACUUCGGGCAGUCUCAACUCCCUCUACCCCGCACUCAUUAUCGCGCUCUCCAACUCCGCUCCCUACUUCAAGAACCUCAGCGUAACCUCCUCAGCGCGCCUCCUGCAGCUCUUCAACGCGUUCUCCAACCCAUCUUUCCUACUCUCGGACGAGGGCCACCCCCGCCUACUCUUCUUCGUGCUCGAGGCGAUCAACGGCGUGCUCCUGCACGCCCUGUCCGACAACCCGAACCUCGUGUACGCCGUGCUUCACGCGCACAAGCCGUUCGAGGACCUCGGCACGUUCACGCUCGCGCGCGGCCUGCGCGAGAUCCGCCGCAUCCAGCAGCUCAAGGAGGAGCGUGCUGCGCAGGCGGCUGGCCGUGAUAGCAAGGGCAAGCACCGUGCUCCGCGCGACGAGGAGGAAGGGGGUGGGGGUGUCGAAACCCCGGCGAGCGAGAAGGCGCGAUUGUUGCAGCGCGAGACUGGGUCGCUGGACCUGGCGUCGACGGACACGCUGCCGGAGGGUCGGGCGCGCAGUGUGGAAGAGGAACUGGCGUCGACGCGGCCGCUGAUGUCGCCGACCGCGUCGGAGACACAGAUGGGUGGGUCGGGACGGCCGGCGGUCUCGGAGAAGGCGAGGGGCAAGAUGCGGGCGGGGAGGACGUCGUCGGGCGAUAUGACUGGGAGCUUAGAGCGGUUGGCUGCUUCUGGUGUCGGGCGGAACGGGUUCAUCCCUACACAGGAAUGGGUUGCAUCAUGGCAGCAAGGACUCCCCUUGGACGCGGUCAUGCUCGUGAUAUCUGAGUUACUGCCGAAGGUGCAGAACCUGCAGUCGUCGCUCAGCGCUGCGACCGCUACCAGCGCGAUCACAGACAUGCUGAGGAGCGCCAACCUGGACCAGGUACUUCCCAAACCCCCAGCGCUAUCUCCUAGAAGAUUCAUGUGGUCGGAAGCGUCGAUCGUAUGGCUGACCUCGUUGAUAUGGGGCGAGAUCUACGUGCGCGGAAUGACCCCGCUGGGGAUCUGGAACAGUACGGCUGUGCGACUAUUCUACGUCAAGCACGCACAGACACAGCCGCGGCAGAUCACGGAGACGGUGACAAACGUGGUGGGAGGGCUACUCGGUCGGACGGAGUCGACGCAGUCGCUGAGUCGGCGCCAGUGA